CAGCGGCAGCUCUCCAUUCCCACCGAGCCGCAGCAGCUGCGGCACCAGGAGACCCGAAAACCUGCCGCGCUGCGGGACUCUACCUGCUGCGGGAUUCACGACCUGCUGCGGGACUCUCCACCUGCCGGCCGGACAGGCGGCAGCACGCCGCGCAACUCCGCGGCCGCAGCUUCCAGCCCRCCCACACCUGUUGCUGCCUCUGGCUGCCCUGCGGCGUAUUGGACACCUUUACGCACCGAGCGGCUCUCCGGUCCCCGCUGCUGGUCUUCACAAGUUUCCACUGGUCCUUUGUGGUCUCUCUGAUCCUUACUGGUCCCUACUGGUCCCCGCUGCUCCCCUUCGGGGUGCCAUGCGUCCCUCCGCGGCUCCUCCAGCCUGACAACGCAGCGGGACGCCGUCUCUCCGGCGGGAUGCGGCUCCCCGCGCUGCUGGCCUGCCUGGCGGGCUGCGCGCUGCUUCUGCCGCCGGCCGGCCUGGCCUGCGGGCCGGGGAAGGGCCACGGCCGGCGGCGGGGCCCCCGAAAGCUGGUGCCGCUGGUCCUGAAGCAGUUCAGCCCCAACGUGGCGGAGCAGACGUUGGGCGCCAGCGGCAAGGCGGAGGGGAAGAUCAGCCGYGGCUCGGAGCGCUUCAAGGAGCUGAGCUCCAACUACAACCCGGACAUCAUCUUCAAGGACGAGGAGAACACCGGGGCGGACCGCCUCAUGACGCAGCGCUGCAAGGACAAGCUGAACUCUCUGGCCAUCUCAGUGAUGAACCACUGGCCCGGGGUCCGGCUGCGCGUCACUGAGGGCUGGGACGAGGACGGCCACCACUCGUCCAGCUCGCUGCACUAUGAGGGCCGGGCCGUCGACGUCACCACGUCCGACCGUGACCGCCACAAGUACGCCAUGCUGGCCCGGCUGGCRGUGGAGGCCGGCUUCGAUUGGGUCCACUACGAGUCCCGGGCGCACGUCCACUGCAGCGUCAAGUCAGAUGACUCCAUAGCGGCCAAGGCAGGCGGCUGUUUCCCUGGAAACGCCUCRGUGACGUUGGAGGGCGGCGCCCGGAGGUCCAUGAGCGCGCUGCGGCCCGGGGACCGGGUCCUGGCCUUGGUGAACGGCGGCCUGGUCUUCAGCGAGGUCAUGACCUUCCUGGACCGGGACCCGGACACUCCGCGGUUCUUUGUAAGCCUACGGACUGCGGCCGGGCCACGGCUCGCCCUCACUGCUGCCCACCUGCUGUUCGUGUCGGGCAGCAACUGCUCCGAGGGUGUAGCGCCGGCGACCGGCCAGCUGCGGGCCGCUUAUGCCGACACCGCCCGGCCCGGCCAGUGCGUCCUGGUGGAGGACGGCGGGGCAGUGCGUCUGUCCCGGAUCGUCAAGGUUGAUGUGACAACGAGCCGGGGGGCAUUUGCCCCACUGACCCAACAGGGAACCAUCAUGGUGGACGGCGUGGCGGCGUCCUGCUACGCGGCGGUGGACGGCCACAGGCUGGCCCACCGGGCCUUCGCCCCGCUCCGCCUCCUGCACCGCUGGACUGGGAGCGCUGGGCAUCACAGCAACAGCCUGCACUGGUACUCACGGAUCUUACUCUGGCUGGGCCGGGCGGUACUGGACCCGGGGCGCCUCCAUCCGCUGGGCGUCGCUUAGGGGCGACAUGUGAGAGAAAAAAAGCAAACUGGUGGUUCACAGACCUGCAUCGGACCGAGACAGACUUCGUGCUGGACUGGCAGCAAACAGGGAGUACCAGCAACAAACAGGAAGUACAAUCAGCAAACAGGAAGUACCAGGAACAAACAGGAAGUACCUGAGCGAACAAGAAGUAAGAGGAACUUUUCCUGGAGCAGCAGACAUUAAACGCACUGUGAAGCAGAAAUUCA